AUGGUAUAUUCCAUCGUCGAACAGCCCAUGGGCACAGCGCGACCGCUGCGCGUCGUCGUCGUCGGCGCGGGUGCGAGCGGCUUGAACGUGGUGCGCAGCAUCAAGGAGCACAUGAAGCAUAUCGAGGUGGUUGUCUACGAGAAGAACGGCGGCGUGGCGGGCACAUGGCUCGAGAACCGGUACCCGGGGUGCGCGUGCGACAUUCCGAGCCACAACUACCAGUACUCCUGGGCGCCGAAUCCAGAGUGGUCGGAGUACUAUGCGUCGCAGCAGGAGAUUCGGGCCUAUCUCGAAACGACGGCCGAAGCGCACGGGCUGCUGCCGUACGUGCAGUUUGAACAGAAGGUGGUGGAGGCGAAAUGGGACGAGGAAGCCGGCCAGUGGCGUUUCACGAUCGAGAGCGUGGCGACCGGAACGAGGUCCACCGACAGCGGCCAUUUCUUUAUCAACGCCAGCGGCUACCUCAACAACUGGAAGUGGCCGACCAUUGAUGGCCUGCACUCGUUCAAAGGCCCCCUUCUGCACAGCGCCGCCUGGGACGACAGCAUCGACCUCGCGGGCAAACACGUCGCUGUCAUUGGCUAUGGCUCGAGCGGCAUCCAGCUCGUGACGGCGAUCCAGCCAAUCGUGAAGCAGCUGACGACGUUUGUGCGCGGGCCAACAUGGAUCACAGCGGGCUUUGGUAGCAAGUAUGCAGCGCCGGGCGGCCUGAAUUUCAAGUUCACGGACGCGCAGAAGUCGACCUUCAAAAACGACCCCGAGGCUUACCUGGCCUACCGCAAGGGCGUCGAGCACGAACUCGCCAGCCGCUUCAAGAUGCUGCACAAGGACACGCCUGAACAGCAGGCGGCCGUCGAUUUUUCGCGCAACGACAUGCUGCGGCGACUCGGCGGCGACCCGGACAGCCGCCUGGCCAAGACGCUGAUCCCGUCCUUUCCCGUCGGCUGCCGUCGUCCAUCACCGGGCAACGGCUAUCUGGAAGCCUUAUCGGCACCCAACGUGAACGUGGUGACGGGCAAUGAAAUUGUGCGGAUUGAAGCAGACGGCCUUGUCGUCCAGGACGGAGCGACGGGCGCAGAAACCAAGAUUGCGGUCGACGUGAUUGUCUGUGCCACCGGCUUCGACCUGUCCUUCCGCCCACGAUUUCCCAUUGUUGGGCGACGCGGCGUCGACCUUCGCGAUGCCUGGAACACUGACACCGACGGCCGCGCCACGGCGUAUUUGUCCAUGGCCCCGGCCGACAUGCCCAACUAUUUUGUGUAUCUCGGCCCGCAGGCCCCCGUCGGCCACGGCUCCGCGAUGCCCAUCAUCGAGCACCUCACAAAGUACAUUUUGAAGAUGGUGUACAAGAUGCAGACCGAAGACUACAAAGCCGUCGUCCCCAAGCCUGCCGCCAUUGCCGAGUUCGUCCAGCACGCCGACACGUUUCUGCCACGCACUGCCUGGGCCGGCCGCUGCCGCAGCUGGUUCAAGAACGGCCGCGAAACGGGGCCCGUCACCGGCCUGCACCCGGGCAGCCGGCUGCACUGGUUCCAUCUGCUGCGCGAACCGCGCUACGAGGACUGGGAGUGGAUGAGUCGGAGCGACAACCGUUGGGCGUACCUGGGCAACGGCUUCAGCACCAUGGAGGGCGAAGGCCGCGACGUGACCUGGUACUUUGACAAGCCUGAAAAGGAGUAUGACUUUUUUGUUUACUAG